AUGUCUACGCGAAGAGCGAGAAUAAAAGCUGUUACCUCGUUGCCACCGAGGAGAAAAAAUACCGAGGCACCGGAUAAAAGGCAAGAAACAAUUUCAAAAGAAAGUUCUGAAAAAAUUACGAAAAGCCCUCGAACACCUGAAUCUCGCACCGUAGCAAACCAAGAAGAAAUUAAAUUACCACAUGUAAAAAAUUCUACCGAAUCUUUGAUAAAUAAAACGACACCGGUUAAAGGCGAUAAAAAGCAAAAUAUUUUAGAAAAGGCCCCAAUUCCAGCUGUGGAAAAUGAACAAAAAGAGAAUAACUCAAGAAUAACACAAGGAACUCCUUCGACGUUACAAAAUUCAUCUAAUGCUUUCGCAUCACCACUUCAUAAAGAUAGUCCUAGAAAAACAUUUGCCUCUCCAGCAAUACCAUCUCCUAAAGCUAACAAAAAUGUAGAUUUACAUAAAUCAACUGCUCAAAAGUGUACACUUACUCCUAUAGCCCAAAAAAUUAAUGAAAACAAUGAACUACAAAUUACAGAAAACAUUAUAAGUAAGAUUAGCCAUAAUAACAGUCUGCAAAAAUCUGAUGCAAUUAUUGUGAAUUCCCCAAUUGUGGAUAGUUCAAAUGAUGAAGCAAUGGAUGGUAUUGUUCCUUUACAGCCUGCUACUUUUCCCAAACCUAUUGAAAUAUUAAAGAGUGAAAUUAUAUCUGAAAAUGCUGUAGUGUUGUUUGACCCCAUUGUACCGCUGCCUUCCCCAAGCAAAAUUCGUCCUAAACUUAAACCAGCUCCUAGGUUAGGAAUAUAUAGAAGAAACAGUGUGCAGGGAAGUGCAAGUGAAUCAGAAGAUGAAAGUCGACGGAACCCCCAAUACUCAGUUCCAUCCAGGCAAAGGCACGAUUCACAAAACUCAAUAAGUACACAACAAUCAUUUAUUAACAGGGACAUUAAUCGUGUUAGAAAUGAUUCUGUUUGCUCAACUGUGAGCCAGUUCACUGCCACUGCAGCAAUGGGCUCGCCGGUUAAAGAGAAAAACCAUAAGACAAACCGUCGUCAAGAGUCUAGUCGUCGUAUGACAGCCAUGAGACGGAAGCGCGAGAACGUGAAGAGAGACGCUCUCACCAUGUACGACUUGAUAUUCUGCAAUCCUACUAGCAACCCUAUUGUGCCAGAUGAAGAAGAAAUAAACGUAAAGAAGGCAAAUGAAAAAGAAGCUCUAGAACAAAGAAUAAAAAAAGAGCGACCAUUAAAAUUAGAAACUCCAGUGGAAAAGGCAGCUCCUGUACCUCAAAUCAAAUUAGGACCAAAGGGGGAAAUUGUAAUUGAUGAAGAGAGUUUGGUGAUAAAACAAACGGACAGCAACCGCGCUGUGUCGUCGGUGGUGUACGAGGGCGGCUGGGGCGUGUCGGGCGCGGGCUUCAAGUACAAGCGCGGGCCGCGCACGGCCGACUGGAGCGCGCCCGAGACCGUGCGCUUCUACCGCGCGCUCGCCGCCAUCGGCACCGACUUCUCUCUGAUGGCGCCCCUGUUCCCGGACAGGACGAGGAGAGAGCUCAAGCUCAAGUUUAAAAAAGAAGAAAGAAUUAAUGGCGCCCAAGUGGAUAAGGCCCUCCGUGCGACCAUACAAUGGGAUGUGAUGCGUCUGAAAGAAGAAUUUAAAGAAGAACGUGCAGCCGCCGCGCAGAGAGCGGAGAGGGAGAAGGAGAGGUUGCAGGAGCAGAAAAAAGCCGAGAGGGAGCGGCUAAAGGCCACGAGAGAACAACGUGUACGGAGAAGUAGAGGAGGAAAGGCACUCGAAACCGCAAUAUUGCCAGGAGCAUCCAAUGAUACACAUCAAAUUGCUGUCACAGCUGAUGACAUACUUCAACGAGCAAAACAAUCCAAUCAAAGAAAACGAAAGCUCAAAUCGCCUGAAAUAGCAACACCAGUCACACCAAACCUGGCAUCACUGGCGCUUGUUAAUAAACAAAAAGAAGCAGAAAUAAUGUCUAAAAUGGUAACACCGAACUUCCACUUAAAAACACCGGAACCUGUAAAUGUUUCACAAAUAUCACAAAUACCGUCGAAUAUAGAAAAGGGAUCUUUAGUUGUUCUAACAGUGAACGAUCCAUCCUCGCCUGCUAAAAAGAUGCUUCAAACGUAUGUUGCUCAUGGUCCUGGGAAGUUAACUCCAGUGGCUUUGCCAGCGACAUUCCUGAACUCUGUCGUUGGUUAUAUGAAGAAAAACACACCUAAAGGUGCUUCCACACUGUCCCCGCAAAUAAUUUCGCCAAGUAGUGUAGCAAGUCAUGAUAGUAGAACUAGCAGUACUAGUGGUAUUUCAUUACUACAAAGCCCUGUGAAACGUCAGCGGCAUAGCUCUUAUACAAUUACUCAGCUU